UAUCAUAUAUGAUCUGAUCUGACCAAGUAGUCGAUUUCCCCAAAAUCAAAAAACAACAGAGACGAUUUGCUGAGUGAGAGAGAGAGAGAGAGAGAGAAGAGAGACGAUUUUUUUGGGUGAAAAAUGGGGAGCGAGCCGACGAAAGUGAUGGUGGCCGUGAACGGUUCGACGAUCAAAGAGUACCCUCACCCUUCGAUAAGCAGCAAAAGAGCUUUCGAAUGGACUCUGGAGAAGAUCGUCAGGUCCAACACUUCCGAUUUCAAGAUUCUCUUGCUCCAUGUCCAAGUCCUCGACGAAGACGGUUUUGAUGACGUUGACAGCAUUUAUGCUUCCCCUGAUGAUUUCCGAAGCAUGAGAGAAACUAACAAGGCUAAAGGUCUUCACCUUCUCGAGUUUUUCGUUACAAAAUGCCAUGAGAUUGGGGUUGCUUGCGAGGCCUGGAUUAAGAUAGGUGAUCCCAAGGAUGUUAUUUGCAAAGAGGUCACCCGAGUCCGACCUGAUUUUCUCGUUGUUGGAAGUCGUGGUCUUGGCCGCUUUCAAAAGGUCUUUGUGGGGACUGUGAGCGCCUUCUGUGUGAAACAUGCCGAGUGUCCUGUUUUGACGAUCAAACGCAAUGCCGAUGAAACUCCCAGUGAUCUAGCUGAUGACUAAAUUAUAACAACAACCUCCCUUCUUUGAUUUAUUGCAGAGAGUGCUUUUAUUUUGUGUCCAAUAAUCCAAAUUCAUACCUUUAAUAUUUGUUAUCUCUGUGUGUGUUUGUAUGUAUGUGUCGUGCAGUCUGCUACUUUUUGGAAUUGGUUUUCAAACUUAAACCAACUGCUAUAUAUAUAUACAGUAUAUGAUUUAUGUUUUAA